UUUUUAAAAUCAAAAUUUAUUUUUUAACAUAAAUUCAUUUUGAAAAUAAUUUAUUUUAAUUAACAAGUUUACAUUUAUAUUAGUGGGGUGCGAUAUAUUUGUUCAACAUCAACGUCAUCUUCUUGUCUCCACACCAUACGAACUACAGAUCCAAAAAAAAACCGAAAUGAUGGCCGAAAAAAAUAAUAACGUUAUUAAAAAUGAUAAAAAGCCGAAUAAACGGGCUACUGUAGUGCCUCCGAGUCCACCUAAAGAUCGUACAAUUAUCAUACUUUUCAUUUCGUUGCUACUGGAUUUAUUGGCGUUUACAAUGAUUUUACCAUUAUUCCCUGCGUUGCUGGAUCAUUAUCGAUCGCAGGAGAACGAUUGGUUGUAUAAAGUUUUAACGACGAAUUUAGAAUGGUGUCAAACAAAAUUUGGUGUACCGGAAAGGUUUAAUUCGGUGUUGUUUGGUGGUGUUUUGGGUUCAAUGUUUAGUUUUUUACAAUUUAUUGCUUCGCCAAUGAUUGGAGCUUUAUCAGAUCGUUUUGGACGUAAACCGCUGUUGAUUCUAUGUAUGAUUGGAAUAACACUUUCACACGUUUUAUGGGCACUUUCAUCGAAUAUGCUGCUCUUUGUACUAGCACGAUUUGUUGGUGGUAUUUCGAAAGGGAAUAUAUCGUUAAGUAUGGCUAUCAUUGCGGAUAUCACUGGUCGUAAAGCACGUGGGCGAAAUAUGGCGUUAGUUGGUAUUGCAUUUUCAUUAGGUUUUAUUUUGGGACCAAUUAUUGGUGCUGCUUUUGCACAUUGGGCCCGGGCACAGACUGGUCAAUGGUAUAUUUAUCCAGCAUUAUUUGCAUUCUUGUUGUCAGCGAUGGAUUUGGUGUUUGUAAUUUUUGCGUACAAGGAAACAUUACCACCGAGCAAACGUAACAAAGUUUUCGCAGAAAGUUUACAAGAAGCAUUCUCCUUACUAAACGUCAACGAUUUAUUUAAAUUUCAACUUGUUCGAGGUCUAUCGAAGAAACAAAAGAAAGAAGUGGAAGCAUUGGGUUGGGUUUAUUUCAUGUACUUAUUCAUCUACAGUGGCCUCGAAUUUACCCUCACAUUUUUAACCCAUCAUGUAUUUGGAUACACGUCAAUGCAACAAGGUUGGAUGUUUUUUGGAAUUGGUAUCGUAAUGUCCGUUAUCCAAGGCCGUUUUGUACGACGCUUUGAAGAACAACAGGUGGUUGUCGCCGCUGUAUACAGUUUAUGGAUUUUAAUUCCAAGUUUCAUUUUAAUUGGAAUUUCGUCUCCAGCGACAAAACUCCUGAAUUAUUGUCUAUAUGCAGGUAUUUUAGUCCUGGCUGUUUCAACAGCGUUUGUGGUAUCUUGUUUAACGACAAUGGUAUCUCAUUAUGGUCCACAUUCUCAAAAAGGUACAGUUAUGGGUAUAUUUAGGUCGUUAGGUUCCUUGGCACGUGCAAUCGGACCAAUUGUUGCAAGUAUCUCAUUUUGGUGUUUGGGAGCAACCAUGACAUAUUGUAUUGGGUCACUUGCCCUAAUUUUACCUGCCGUUAAAUUACAUAUGACUUUUAGAAUGGAAGAGAAUAAAAAAUUAUCGUAA